AUGCUGAACUGCACGACCAAUAUCUUUGUGCAGCUCUUUGGCGAAGAUGGGUUAAGGCUUGAUCCGCCCGUCUGUGACGGCUACGAUGAUCUGCGCAUCUGCCAGAACAGAGCUGAUCCGCCUCCUCCCACUUCCACGGUAGCUGUCGAAAAUAUUAGCACAUUGGCGACGCCCACCGCUGAUGCAACUGCAGACCCCAUCGAUUGGGAAUCUUACGCAACCGUCGUCGCUGUGGGAGUAGUGGCGCUCGCUGUUGUUGUCAUUGGCGGGCUCGUCUUGUAUUUGAAGAGACUCUGGUGCUUCAAGCGGGUGGCGUUGCCGUUGCCGGACUACCACCCCGGAAGGACCAUCUUGCUCCAGGAGGGCACCAUUAGCGGAAGUUGGAUGGACCCCUUCCAUCGCACGAUUACUGCCAAACCCGUGAAACGAAAACCGGGGCGCGAGCUGCGUUUUGCAACGAAAGGCCACGUGGCGCUGCAGGCCGUUCAGAAGCAAUCGGCAUCCGAUAAAGCCCCUGAUGAUAUCGUUUGCGAGACCCCGAAUGACCCGCCGGCCGUCGCUCAGAACAUCUUAAAGCGCUUGGCCGAUGAUUACUGGGUUUGCACGGAUGCGAAGGGGACUGUGCCGAUGGCGAAAUUCGCGCCGGCGGAACUGCUGGUCUUAUUCGAGCGCGCGAGGGAGAUUUCGAUGAACCAUCGUGGCGUUGUCCGGAUUAAAGGCCCCGUUUGGAUUGUGGGCAAUUUGGAUGGCGAUUUUGUGACCGCCUGGCGCAUCUUCAAGGCCUACUCGACGAUGGCUGCCGAGGGAACCAAGAUGCUCUUCCUGGGCAACAUCGGCACCUCCUCUUUGGACAACAUGAUGUCUCUGGUGCUUGUUGCAGCCGCCAUGGUCGCCUACCCAGAAUCCGUAUUCUACCUUUGCGGCUCUUCCGAAUCGGCGAAAACUGAGGUAUUGAACGGCGAAUCGGAUCCGAACGCCGCCAUCAAUGCGCUGUUCGCCCAACUACCGCUGUUCGCCAGCAUCGACGGCCGCAUUCUGGCGAUGCACGGCGGGCUUUGCCCGGAGCUGAAGCGAAAACAUUUGGGCGCCCAUGGCUUCGAUCUGGCGGACGAGACGAUGAAAGAACUUCGCCUCGAAACGGUCACGAGCGAUCCGAAUUAUUUCGUGAAAGAAUACACGAAAAAGAAGAAUGCAGAUAGCGGAUACUUGUUUGGAGCCGUUGCUCUGGAAAAAGCUCGGCACGAGCUGCGCUUCGAUUUUAUGAUCCGUGGUCAUCAGGCGGCGACGAACGGCGUGAAGUUUUACGGCAACUGUCUGAUCUCUUUGCACUCGACAUACGCCCGGAUUGCCCCUCCGAAGCAAAAGACGAUCAAAGCUCCCAAGGCGAUGAGUGCCGUUCUGGAAUAUGACGGCUGCACCACGUUCAAAAUGAUCCACUUUGUCGAUCUGAAAGAGCACUAUGGGGUUCGGUGCAUUUUCGAGCAAGAAUUCGACUAUGCCAACGGCAAAGAUACGACCUUCGCUGAACGCAACGUCCUAGUCAACGAAACCGAGGAGCCCGACACGCAAACCAGUUCCAGUGAUGGCACGAAGACGAAGACGCCAACGGCUGACACUACCGAAACCCAGAAG